AUGACAGCGCCUGCCGCCUUUCAUACCAGCAGAUUCUGUGCCCGAGUAGCAUCGCGACCUAGCAGCCUCAGUAUAUGGUCGCAAAGGUCAAAGACAGCAAGGAGGCGGCUUUCAACGGCGGGAAAUUACAAGACUCCGAAGCCCUUCAACGAGCCCAACUUACAGUAUGCCCCAUCGUCGGCAGAACGAGAGAAGAUUAUCGCUGCACUGAAGGAGCUGCGACCGAGACUCCCGGUCCAAGUGCCGACGAUACGAAAUGGAGAGGAAGUCACAGCCCAGCCAAGCCAGGCUGGUAUAGAGACAUACAUGCCGUCCGAACAUUCGUCCGUCUUCGCAAAAUAUACCCCUGCAACGGAAUCCGACGUCUCAGCCGCGAUCGAGGCUGCCCUGAAGGCCAAAAAGACAUGGCAAGACAUGCCGUUUGUGGAUCGAGCAGCCAUCUUUUUGCGAGCAGCCGAACUUGUAUCCCGAAAGUACAGAUUCGAGAUCAUGGCAGCGACCAUGCUCGGCCAGGGCAAGAACGCAUGGCAGGCUGAGAUUGACGCCGCCGCAGAGCUAGCAGACUUUUUCCGCUUCAAUGUCUCCUACGCGGAAGAGAUCUAUUCCAGGCAACCUACCUUGAACGAGCGCGGACAAGCAGGCCGGACCGAUUGGCGUCCACUAGAAGGCUUCGUCUACGCCAUUUCGCCCUUCAACUUCACCGCGAUCGGUGGCAACCUGAUCUCAGGGCCGGCCUUGCUCGGGAACGUCGUCCUCUGGAAACCGUCCCCGUCCAACAUCUACUCAAGCUACUUGGUGUACAAGAUUCUGCGCGAGGCAGGCCUUCCUGCCAACGUCAUCCAAUUCAUCGGCGGAGACGCCGAGCUGGUCACCAAAGUGGCACUUGCGCACCCGGCGCUAUCGGCCAUCAAUUUCACAGGCUCCUCAGACGUGUUCCGCAGCCUUUACGGCUCCGUUGCCGACGGCGUGCGGCAAAAGAAGUAUCGUGACUUUCCGCGCCUCGUCGCCGAAACGUCCGGGAAGAACUUCCACCUGAUCCAUCAAUCCGCCGACAUCCCCAACGCCGUCAAGCACACGAUCCGCGCGUCCUUUGAGUACGCCGGCCAGAAGUGCUCGGCCUGCUCACGAAUCUACAUCCCCCAAAGCCGCGCCUCCGAGUUUUUCUCUCAGAUCAAGCACGAGCUGGCUGCCGUCAAGGUCGGCCCGCCUGAGGACUUUGAAAGCUUCACGGGUCCCGUGAUCAACCGCACGGCCUUUGACAAGAUCACCAGCGCCAUCGACGCGGCCAACAAGGAUGCCCAGCUCGACCUGAUCGUCGGCGGCACCUACGAUUCAAGCCAGGGCCUCUACAUCGCCCCGACCAUCUACUCUGCCAAAAAGGUAGAUCACCCGCUCUUCGACCGCGAGCUGUUCGGCCCCGUGCUGGUCGCGUACGUCUAUCCGGACGAGGACUUCGAGCCGCUGCUCUCCAAGAUCGAUCAGCAAGGGGGCGGGUUCGCGCUGACGGGCGCCAUCUUCGCCACGGACAGCCGUGCGAUCCGCCAGGCCGAGGACACUCUGCGCUACGCAGCCGGCAACUUUUACACCAAUUGCAAAACCACCGGCGCCGUCAUUGGGCAGCAGUCCUUUGGCGGGGCGCGGGGCAGUGGCACCAACGACAAGGCAGGUAGUGCGGGUAUGUUGAUGCGCUUCACCGCGCCGAGGACAUUGAAGGAGGAGUAUCAUACGCUGGAUCGUGUGCUGUAUCCCAGUAAUGCGUAG